GGCUUUGCGCGGGAGCGGCCCGCACUUCCGCUCGGACUCCCCGCCGUCGUUAACGGUUGGAACGGGGCAGCCUUGGGGGCCCGACGGCGAGCAACAUGAUCCGCUUUAUCCUCAUCCAGAACCGGGCCGGGAAAACCCGCCUAGCCAAGUGGUACAUGCAGUUUGACGACGACGAGAAACAGAAACUGAUCGAGGAGGUGCACGCCGUGGUCACUGUCCGAGAUGCCAAGCACACUAACUUCGUGGAGUUCCGAAAUUUCAAGAUUAUUUACCGCCGGUAUGCGGGCCUCUACUUCUGCAUCUGCGUCGACGUCAAUGACAACAACCUGGCCUACCUGGAAGCCAUCCACAACUUCGUCGAGGUCCUGAAUGAAUACUUCCACAACGUCUGCGAGCUGGACCUGGUGUUCAAUUUCUACAAGGUGUACACGGUGGUGGAUGAGAUGUUCCUGGCUGGCGAGAUCCGGGAGACCAGUCAGACCAAAGUGCUGAAGCAGCUGCUCAUGUUACAGUCCUUGGAAUGAAAGCCGGAAAAUCCCUCUUCCCCCUCACCCGCGGCGGGCACGGGAUCACGCCCCCCCCCGGGUCUGAGUGGCCCCCCGUGCCCUGCCUCUCGGCCCCGGCCGGCCUGGGUCCCGUUGGGGCCCUGUGGACCAAACCUGGGACAUCUCUCUGGGCCUCAGCACUGUUGCCGCCGGAAGGGCCCCUGGGGUAGGGGAGGUCUCCAUCCCCCUUCCCGGGCCUGUGGCAUCGCAUCGCUAGUCUGGGCCCCCUCUGUUCCCAAUCCUCCUUGCCCCCUCCCUCCCAGCUGGAGGCCGGGGAAGGGGUGGGAGGUCGUGUGCGUGUAGUCGUGUAAGCGUCUUGUAAACUGGAUCCAGCCAAUAAAUCAACGGGCCAUGCUCUUGCCCUCGCUGCUUC